CUGUGCUGACCUCGACUCCACUCCCCCUACUCCUCAAAAACCAAACGCAUAAACCUCGACCCAAAGUCUUUCGGUCGGUCUUCACUUUCGCUUCCUCCUUUCUCACUAGGGUUUGAGGGUUUUACACUUUCUUUCUUUCCUCUUCCUCCAUGGCUUCUUCUAUCUUAACUUCCUCCAAAUUCUCUCCUUUCUCUUCCCCCUCCCUCAAAUCCUCCCUUUUCCUUUCCCCUGCUUCCCUUCACUUCCCUUCUUCCAAGCUACCCUCUUUCCCUUCAUUUCCUUCCAAAUCAUGCUCUAAAACCUUCCUCAUUUCUUCCUCUCUCACCCCUAACCCUCCCUCCCCCUCCCGCCGCCCCCCUUAUAUCCCCAACCAUAUUCCCGACCCCAACUACGUCCGCGUCUUCGACACCACCCUCCGCGACGGCGAACAAUCCCCCGGUGCCACCAUGACUUCCAAGGAAAAACUCGACAUUGCCCGUCAACUGGCAAAGCUCGGCGUAGAUAUAAUCGAAGCUGGGUUUCCGGCUGCAUCGAAAGACGAUUUUGAAGCGGUCAAGACUAUUGCUAAAGAGGUUGGAAAUGCAGUGGAUGAGGAUGGAUACGUGCCUGUUAUUUGUGGGCUUUCUAGGUGUAAUGAGAAGGAUAUUAAGGCGGCUUGGGAGGCGGUUAAGUACGCGAAAAGGCCUAGGAUUCAUACUUUUAUAGCGACCAGUGGGAUUCAUAUGGAGUACAAGUUGAGGAAGAGUAAAGCAGAGGUCGUGGAUAUUGCUAGGAGUAUGGUUCGGUUUGCUCGGAGUUUGGGUUGCAAUGAUGUUGAGUUUAGCCCUGAAGACGCUGGCAGAUCUGACAGGGAGUUCCUGUAUGAGAUAUUGGGUGAAGUGAUCAAGGCUGGAGCGACAACUCUCAACAUACCUGAUACUGUUGGCAUAAAUUUGCCCAGCGAGUUUGGGCAAUUAAUUGCUGAUAUAAAAGCCAAUACCCCUGGAAUUGAGAAUGUUAUUAUUUCAACACACUGCCAAAAUGAUCUUGGGCUUUCUACUGCCAACACUUUAGCGGGAGCUUGCGCAGGUGCAAGGCAAGUGGAGGUAACCAUCAACGGCAUCGGAGAAAGAGCUGGAAAUGCUUCAUUGGAGGAGGUUGUGAUGGCGUUAAAAUGUCGUGGUGAGCAUGUGUUAGGAGGUCUUUAUACAGGAAUAAAUACCCGACACAUUGUGAUGGCAAGCAAGAUGGUGGAAGAGUACACGGGAUUACAUGUGCAGCCACAUAAGGCCAUUGUUGGAGCCAAUGCUUUUGCUCAUGAAAGUGGCAUCCACCAGGAUGGAAUGCUAAAGCACAAAGGUACAUAUGAAAUUAUAUCUCCUGAGGAUAUCGGGCUUGAACGGUCCAAUGAAGCUGGUAUUGUCCUUGGAAAACUUAGUGGACGUCAUGCUUUGAGUGACCGAUUGAAAGAGCUUGGGUAUGAGCUUGAUCAGGAGCAGCUUGGGAACAUAUUCUGGCGCUUCAAAGCAGUAGCCGAACAAAAGAAGAGAGUCACUGAUGCUGAUCUAAUAGCAUUGGUUUCGGACGAAGUUUUUCAACCAGAUGUUGUUUGGAAGCUUCAUGAUCUGCAGGUUACUUGUGGAACUCUUGGUCUUUCCACUGCAACGGUUAAACUCAUUAGUGCUGAUGGGGAAGAGCAUGUUGCUUGCUCAGUUGGAACUGGGCCAGUAGAUUCAGCUUAUAAAGCUGUUGAUCUCAUUACAAAGGAAGCAGUUACACUUCUCGAGUACUCCCUGAUUGCUGUUACAGAAGGCAUUGAUGCCAUAGCCACCACCCGUGUUCUAAUUCGUGCAGAGAAAAGUCACAUGUCUACUCAUGCUUUGACUGGCGAAAUCACUCAUCGAACAUUUAGUGGAACUGGUGCAGGAAUGGACAUUGUUGUUUCCAGUGUCAAGGCAUAUAUUGGCGCAAUAAAUAAGAUGUUGGGUUUCAAGGAGCAAAUUCCAACAAAAGGUUCAGCAGAGAGAACUACAAUUUCUGCUUGAGAAGUAAAAGUAGCUUAUCAUACAGUUCUCCCUUGCAUACAUACCAUCAUCAGUCAGUUUUGCAACUACAUAGUUCUCCCUGUUCAUCAUGCAGUAGUGACAAUGCUUUGAAGGGUUUCUGUAUACAAGUUUCAGAGACAACAAUUGUUCAUAAGUUAUAGUAUGUGUUAAGAACUAGCCAAAAACUGAAUGAAGCAUCAGUUAUAUUAAAGAUGAGCCAGUUUAUUCGAA